UAGUGGUGGACUUGUAGUGUCAGGUGACGGUUGGUUUGAUCAUCUUACGGGUCUUUUCUAACCUAAAUGAUUACGUGAUUCUAAGUAAGUUUGUCAUCCUAGUGAAAAUCAAAAAGUGGUCAAGAACAAAGAAAUCCUUCUGUAAUCAUCCUGGUGUGUUACUUUGUCAUGUUCCCGGCCGUGUUCAUCCAGGCUCUUCCAUCACACAAGGUUGUUCUUCUGUGAUGUCACUUGGUGCUGCUUGGAUACUCUAAUGUGCUAACGAUAUACAGGGGGUCUAUCCUCAAUGGCAUGGAGCGUUCUGAUGAUAAGGGGAGUGCCUAGGGAAGGGAGGAAUUACGACUGGGUGUAGACCCUGUCCUUAUAAUAGCAACUUUUUGUAAGAGAAAAGUCUUAUAAACUUCUCCUAGUCACAAAUGACUUGAUGACCAUGUAUUCCUUGCCUCCAGAGACUUUUGGUGUCCGCAUCUGUCUGGCUGAAACUAAUGAGAUGUUUUCACUGCCUCAGUGCCAGAAUGACUUGACUCUGAAGAAGCUUAAGUCCCAUUUAGAAUUAUUGACUGGGAUCCCCCUUCAUUUCCAGCGGCUUCAAUACCUGGAUGAAAUGGAUCUGCUAGAUGAUUCUACAUUUAAGGACAAUGAUAUUGUCCGUGGUGGAACAAUUACAAUGCGUAUCUGGAGACAAGCUGGCUGGGGGCAUCUUGUGGCAGCUGCUGCGAAAGGAGACACUGUGAAGCUGGCCCAUCUGGGAGUUACAGAGGAUUUUCCUGGCAACACACCAUAUGCAGAAAUACUGGGACCAGAGCAGAAAAAGGAAUGGGUAGCGCACCGAGCUUUUGUGGCACUGUUUGUUGCCAGCCACAGAGGUCAUGUUAAAACUGCCACGUUUCUCCUGAGACAUGGUGCGGAUGUGCAUUCCAAAACCCCGCUAGGAAGGACCGCUCUUCACGUAGCUGCUGUCAUGGGCCACUGUGACUGCAUUGAGCUGCUCCUUAGCUGUGGGGCACAAGCCCUUGACCCAGAUAGCGAGGGACAAACGGCAGUGAGCCUCGCCCGUCUGUGGGGCCAGCAGCAGAGCGAGCGCACGAUGGUACGCUUCCAGUGGCGGAGGAAGUCAGCUGCUGCUGUGCUGCCCUCCAGCUCCGAGAGUCAGGCCAUGCAGCAGACGUCUGGCCACCCGUCCUAAAAUACAUAUGGCCUAUCUUGAUUCUGGCAGAUUUCAAGGAACAGUGACUUUCUCAAAGACACACUUCAAAUAUAGGUCACUAGGUGGGGUUUGUAGGGUAUAGUUAUGAAAUAGGGUCACGUACUGGUGAUGCUGCAGCGAAGAUGACAGCUAGCUUGACAGCACUGCUCGCAAACACGCUCUUAAUUUAUAGGUUAAAUUUUUAUAAAAUUGUUCCGUAGACAAACCAGUCAUUUGGUUAAUAACAGCUUGUAGGAGAGCUUGAGGCUGUCUACAAGUUCUUUGGAGUGCUCCUUGCUAGGGUGGUUUCCUAGUAGUUGGCAACAGACCAGGGUGAUGUAGUGUAACGGGUAUUUCAGGGGAUUGGAAAUCCCUAGAUCUUUAAUUCACUUCUAGCCCUGACUGGCUUUAUUGCCUCUAGCAGAUCAGUUAAGGGUUGUUUUGUAAAUAGGGCAGUUGGCCUGUCAUGGGAGGGUGCAGGCAAAGUUAAUGUGCAUGGAAGUGGCUAAUUAUGAUUGCUCAGAGUCAGAAUUGGUGCUUUCUUAGAACCUCCAAAAUCUUAAGCCUCAGGAACUUGAAGACUGGGAUUUCUUCAAGUCAGUGACUUGCUGUCCAUCUGCUUUCAAGUAUCCCACGCUCCGUAGAUGCUUCAGUAAAAAUACAACUCGUGGUCUCGUUACAUCUCUAUGAUAAGUAAAAGGAAGCUGAGCUUCUGGUCUGUUUCUUGAGGGCUUAUUAGUGUCUCAGUGCUCCAUCUUCAGCAGUUUCCAUUGUUUUGCUUAGAGAGGCUUGGAUGGAUUUUUUUUAUUUUUUUUUUUCCUUGAAGAGCUCAGCACUUGACUUUCACUUAUCCAUAGAAGGGGCAGUUCUCAGUGGGACAAGCACUUAUAAGAACUUGGCCUGCUGCUUUUUUUUUUUUGCUUGCAAAGCCCAGCGCACAGCCCGAAGACUCUACAAAUAACUAACAUAAGUUGGUUUUGGUUCCUUGUGGCAGAGUUGUUUUUGUUUUUUUUUUUUUGACUUCGGUGCCCUGCCACUGGACUAUGCGCUGAACCAGGAACGGAGACAGAGCAAUGAAAACGAUGGAUUCAACUUCUAGAGUAAUCUAGGAAAAAAUUACACGUUUACUGCAGCUUUCUUUUUUGAACUAAAAGGGCUUUGGGGUGGUGGCUGUGCCUUUUUGUUGGUAUUGCUUUCCUUGAGUUUAAAAGGCUGCAGCCGCUAGGGAAAGCAGGCCCGUGGCUGCUUUCUGCCGUGCCUGGAGUCGCACAACGCCUGCAGAGCGAAACCGCCGCAGCGGCCGGCAGAGGGAGCCCGGGCACCGGGCACCAGGGGCUGCGCCUCCCGCUGCUGCUUGCCGGAGCAGCGGCCCCGUGUUCCUUCCCGCUUGGGUUUGUUCGCAGUCCAGCUCUUAAGUUUAAGAUGGCAAAUAUCAAAGAAUAUCCGAGUUGGGACGGACCCACAAGGAUCAUCGAGUUCAGCUCCUGGGUCCCCAAAGGACCACCCAAAAAUCAGACCGUGUGUCUGAGAGCGUUGUCCAAAUGCUGCUUGAACUCCGGCAGGCGCGGUCCCGUGACCACUUCCAUUAAUUCCUUAUUUUAAUAAAGUCGUAAAGCAAGGUUCGGAACUUCAGGCUGUGCCAAGUACUGCUUUGGAAGGCGGUUCCUGUGGGAGGCCGUGCAGCGAUGCUUAUACGUGCUGACAUCAAUCGGAACAAACGAAUGCAGACUUCCCGCUGCGUGAGGGGAAACUCGCAGGGUAUCAUCUAAAGGAAAUUCACUUAAAUGGGUCUUAUGUUGAUUACUAAUUCUAUGUGAUUCAAAUAUAUGGUUGAUAAAUAACUGCUUAGGAGAAUGACAAGAUCACAAUUUCUAUCAGAGUGACCAGUAGACAAGAUACAAACAAUGCUGUUUCUGGUGUUUUGCUGAGUGUUUGAAUAUUGCAAGCAGGAUUAUAGAGAAAAGUCUAUAGAAUUCCUUUAUUCUUUUUUUUUUUUCUGUUGUCUGUCUAGACUGUGUAAUCCGUACCCAAGCUUCUAGAAACGGGGAGAGGUUUUGUAGUUGCUUUUAGACAUUAUGCAGCAUGCCGCAUAAUUCUAGGAAAAAACAGCCACAGAAUGUCAGACAGAGAGAACUGGGUGACCUCAGGAGAAGGAUGCCAGAAAUGGUAGAAAAUUAUGUUAGUAUAUGAUCACGUAGUGAGGGACAAAUAGCAAGUACUUUUUACUGGUAGCUGGAGAUUCACCCUUUGGAAAGAACAGAACAGAAGUCUGUUUUGACACGUGCAUUGUGUCUGGGAAAUGGGAAUGCACCAGUCCAAAAUUGUACUGGGGCAAGUUGGAAGAGAGCGAAUGGCUGGGCAAGUCCAGCACUGGAGUAGUGCGUGCAGUUCUUAUUCAAGAAAGGUGAAUUCAAGCUAGAAGAGACCCCUAAAUCAACCAGGGGAAAGGAGAGUUUCUCCUCCUGAGAGGGCUGGGGCAGUGUUAGGGCAGAGCCAACAACAACAACAACAAACAUGCAAGAGAUAAUAUUACUCAUUAUCUGAGAUGACAAAUGCUUGGGAGAUUUAAAAUAAUAAAAAUAAAAGAUAUUUAUACUGAAGGGAACUGCUGGGAUAGUAAGACCAGAAAUCAGAAUGCAUUUUGUAGCUUUUGGUCUGGUGGAGCAGGACAGAGAGACCCAACCAAAUGUGUGUGCCUUAGGAAUGCUGCUGUGUGUUCGAGUGCUCUGGCAUGCUGUUUGGACUGGGUGGCUGCAUUGUUAGAUGCUGAUUUUAUUUGUCGCAACGCUGUGUUUGCUCAAAGCUUCUAUUCCAGAUUAAGCAAAUAAUAUUGUCUGUCUCAAAGGAAGCAGCUACGCUAUAGCGUGCAGCAGAAACAGGGAGACUGAAGUGGGGCUGUUGAAGAGACUGAGGCUCUGAAUUCCGAAACGCAUACUCAGUUCUGCAAGUACUUCAUAGACAAGCUUGAGAAUUUGAGUUCUGAUUUAUAUAGUAUCAGGAACUCUUGUGAAUGUUAAGUUUCUGUAUUGUACUGAUGCACAAAAGCCUGCUUCCAGAAGAGAAGCUGUAAUAACCUGUUCAAAGAAAGGAAACAAAUAGACAAGAAACAAAAGGGUUGUGCAUUUUGCGUGGCAGUCAUUGCUUUCUCUUCUCCAUGCUACAGCAGAGGGAAAGGAUCAGUCUCCAGAAGACUUUAGUGAGGAUUCGUUAAUGAGCUUUGGGAUCCUCACAUGAAGGAACAGGGAGGUCAUUAUGAAGAAGAAAAGGCAUCAAAAAUGCCUUGAGUCUAAUUAGGCCCAAGGCAGGACAAAUGUCACAACUGUCUCCUAAUAUUAAGAAAACCAAAGCAACUCUUUUGGAAGGACUGUGAUUCCCCUGGAUGCAAAAGGCACUCCUUGUAGAUGGCUGCUGCAGAAGAGAAAGGCUUGUGCUGUUGCCACAAGUGAUGUGCUAAGAGGACAUGCCUACUGGUGAAUGGAUGCACCUACAAAGGAGCAGUACUGCAGUGCCUGUGUUGCAGCCUCAAUUUUGAGGCACCUUGCUGCUUUGUAUCCCGAGGCUGUCAGAUGGGAACUGAAGCAGGAGAGAGUGACUGUUGUGGCCAAAGUCACACUAGGAGUUCAUGGAAUUGCAUCCUGAUCUUUGAAGUCCAAUUCCAGUAUCUUUACCGUAUAUUGUCUUUCUGUUCCCUUGCUGCUGAAUUUUGGACAGAUAUGGCCCUGCCUGCAAGUAGCAGCUUGAUUACAGGACCCUGGGAGCCAGCUGAAGUCUACAUUCAGAGCUCUUUCUUAGAAGCACGGACUCGGGGAGGCUCACGAUGGAAGUCCACCUCUGCCAGAUAUUAGGUCCGAUAUAUUUUAUGUCAGGUAUCCAAAAGUCACCAGGUUUAGGUGAGAGUAGAAAAACAACCUCUUGGAACCUAAGCUAUUGGACAAACUCUGUAAACUGGAUGUCACCUCACCAUCUGGGGAUCAUUCAGUAGGCACUGAUGAGGCAAUAGUGUGUACUUAUCCACUUUUUCUACAUUAAAAAUUUUGAAAAUCACCAGUAGAGAGCCCCUUUUCAACACAGCAAGAGAUUUGGCUCACUGGAUACGAUGACCCUUUCUCAUAUGUGGAUGCUUUUGUUAUACCAUGAGCACUGUCUGCAUGUGCAUUAUAGCUCCAAAACAACCCUAGCAAUACUGCCAAAUACACACAUGAAAUGAAUAUAAAAUACAUUCCAAAUAAUUGCAGUAUUUAUGUAAUUUUGCCUUCAAUGUUUCAUGAAGCCUUAUCAGAUUUUUAACUCCAGCAGAACCAGUAAGCUGAUAGGUGUACACAGCAGUGCAGAGUGAGGCAGAACCAGCCUGGUAAUGCCUGUCAUUAUUGACAGUGACUGAUUAGCAAUGACUCCAAGGGUAUAAAUGAAAGGAGAAUUAAAAGCAGACUUAGGGAAUCCUUUUUCUUUCUUGAGUCCUUUAAGCACAAUACUGCACAAGUACAACUGAACACAAAGAACCUGUUUUGUUCUGAGCUGUGGUGAGAGCUGUUGAAAUUGGUCUUUUCUCAUUUACAUACAAGUCAAAUGGUUAAGGGCAUAGCUCCUAGGACAACAAACAUCAGUAGUGCUCCCUGAGAGCAGCACCACUGCUGCACACACUCUCACUUCUCCUGUGACAGGAGCAGCACAGCCAGCCUGGUUUCUCAGGAUUUGGGGUUAAGCAAAAAGGGCUAUUUUGUUGUUGCUAGCAAUUUGUUGUUGCACAGAAGUAACAACAGCCAGAAAGGAAAUGAGGUGGGGGACAUCUGUCUGCUCAAGUGAAGGAAUAACCAGUGUCCCUCCCCACUCUCUCUCCACCCUGAGAGCCCUGUGACACUGGCACUACUUGGUAACUAUCUUGGCUUCUGCUAAGAGAAAGUAAAUGUGUGGGGUUUGUUCAUUAAGCAAGUGUUAUGCUAAGAUGGAAGCUGCACUGCACAUAAUGGGGAGCACAAGAAAUUACUAUAGGUUUCAUUUAAAUAAAAAGGAUAUGGCUGUGCUCUCGCAAUAAGAUCAUAAUGGCUGCUUAGUUUUUCCAGACAAGGACUGUAGCUUGCUGUGUUUUUUUUUGGGCUCUUGUUUUGUUUUUGUUUUCACUCCAGUUUUUAAGGAUGAGAAUGUUGUGUCUGACGCAUGUCAGCAAGCAAAGGAGAAUCACUAGCUUAGCUGGGUUCAUCUUGCUCCCCUAUGAGGAAUAACAGCGUUAACUGUCUCUCACUUCAGGAGGAGAAGGGGGAGUGUUUUCAGCCUGCGAGAAGUGAGAAGGCAUUGCCAGGUUUAGGUCAGGCUGGAGCAGGGGGCUGUGUGGCACUCUCAGCAGGACAGAUUAGCUGGGUGUCACACGGCAGCCUGGAGGCAUCAUGCGGAAAAGGCAAGAGACAGAAGCGUGUGUGCGCGUGCAGGGUGUGGGGGAUGAAGGCUGCCAUGUCUUGUUUUGGUGCAAGGCUGUUCCCUACAACAAUGAUCCUUCUGGAAAGCAGACUCGGAAGAUGGUUUGAAUAAAGAGCCUUUGUCAAAGAAGCAGAGAAAGAAAAUGGCCACUUCUACAGUUCCUGCAUUAGAGCUACUUACAAUGCCGUUGUCUGAGCUGUUAAAAACAUUACUUAACAGGGCUCCUGAGCGGUCAUGUUUAAUCCUGAUCUGGCGCCUACAAGGCCUGAUCCCGCAGUCAAUUGCACCCAGUGAAGCUGGAGCCAUAUAUCUGUAAAGGACUGGGGGAAGACAAAGGAUUCUUUCUGUUCUGUUUAUUUCUACAUGGUUGCAUCUAUUUUUAUGCUUUUAAGUUCUUAGGUUUAUUUCAAUCACAGCUUUUUCAGUGAAUCAUAUGAAGCACGGCAGGGGAAAUAUGAGGUUAAGUGCCAAAUUCAAAGCUGAGUCAAAUGGGUAACAUACACACCCUGGGACUACAAGGUGUAGUUUACUUUAAUAAAAACACAUCAUAUUGAGUCAUCAUUUCAGACUUCAAUAUAGCUGUGUAUCUGUCGCGUACCUGUCACCAAAACAGGCUGUAUAAGAUUAUCAAAUAAUAAAGAAACAGUAGAGCUUAGAAUAGAGACCUGGUCGGCUGGCUCACAAUAAAAUUCAUAAAAAUGUGUCUCCAUUAUUAUUGUUCAUUUCCUAGCUUAUUGAUACAAUUCCUUCUCUCCAUUCCAAAACAGUUAAAUGAAUAGAUACAAACUUGACAGUUCCUAAAAUUGUAGCUUGCCUCAUUAUUGCAACGCGUGCAAUGACCAUAGGUUUAAAGAUCUUUUAAGACUGAGUGAAUUCAGACCAAGCCCUAGCAACUUCAGUUGAGUAAACUUAGUUUUUGCCUGUGCCCGAUCUAAAGUUUGGGAAAGGCAUCCAAGUAUUCAAAGGUUUUGAUGCCACAGGGCAUUAAAUAUGCUUCACUAUGGUUUGUAUUGCAACACAGAAAAUGCCCGAGGAACAUGUAUGGAACCCUGAGACGCUGUUUUCUGGGUCUUACAAAGACAUUGGAAAGUGGGACCAGAAGGAAUUUCAAAUGAUCUUUCCUUGUAGCCCUCUGCCUGAGCUUACACCUCAAUCAUGUAAUAGUUUUUUGUGGAUUAUUUAAGGAGUAAAUCUAGUAUUUGAAAUUCUGCUAUUUAUUAUUGUUCAUUUUAAAUUGUGGAGAAAUGAAGCAAGAAAUUGGAUAGAGUUUUCUUAGUUUGUUACCAGGAAACGCAGAACUUUUAUAUAAUUUUUACUGAAAUGAAAAAAGAAAUUCACCACUCUUGGGUGAAAAAUGAUUACCUUUUUCUCAGCUAUCCUUGAAAUCCUUAGCUUUUUGUUACUGAUGCAAGUCAGGAGUAAUAAACUUAAAAGAUAUAAAAGAUAUGACAGGUAAUUAUCCUCAGAGAUACUCUUUAAAAAAAGCUAUUUUAAUGUAUUGUACCAUAAUGUACCUAGCAUGCUGUAAAAUGUAACCUCUAUCGUGCAUUUCCAAAGAGUAGGAAGUCUGCUUAUUCUAAGCUUUUUUUUUUUUUUUCAGAUGCUCUCAUCUCUUACAAAAGAAAAAAAAAAUGCACCAAGAAGUAACAAUCAGCCUUUGAUCUAUAAUUUCCUGUGCUGUUGCUAAACACAGUGAAUUUUUUGUACUUGUAGAAGGUUUACUCAGGUUGUGUAAUGUUACUUUUGAGAUCAAUGUACUGAUUUAAGAAUAAAUAAAUCAUUAAAGGCUGGAAAAAUCUUACACUGGGGAUCAGACAUAAUGAUGCUUUUUGCUAACCUGCCUUAGAACCUUUUGAAGCUGCAGUGUUCUGAAGAAUACAUUGCUUUGUGUGUCCAGCCUGAACUUUGUACGCUAUGGUAAAUACAGCUGCAUCUGUUUAAAUGAAUAGGAAUUAAAAUUAACCUGCCAUGUUUACUUUUAUGUCUGAUUCCAUCUGAUCCUUCUUCUCUGAACAUCUGGUGAGCUGCCUCCCCGAAUGCUGAGAUGCUGUCCAUAAGAUAGUGUGUGACGGCCAGCUGAAGCCGUGGCAGUUCGUGGAUGGAGGAGAGGAAAAGACAAGUGCUUCACAACUCUCUUCAUGAAUACAACCCCCAGCUUCUCUGCAAACCUUGUGCUAGGUAGGUGACCAGUGGCUUGCCACCACUGAAUGGUUUUAAAUGUUUCAUACUCUGUAAGGGCCUGUAAAACCCAGUGCUUGGACUCAUAAGCAUGUCUUUAAAGGUGUCAACGUCAAAGUCUUUACAUUGAGAUUAAACACAACCCAGUGGUACUGUUCACAUUAUAUCAGAGAAUUUACCAAGAGAAACCGUAAUGAAAAUAAGCCCACCACUGAGACAGACAAGAAAGAGUUGUCUUUUAAUUUCUUUGACCUGUUUUCUGUGUAACAGAGCAAGUGUUGAUGUGUGAGCAGCCUGAAACCCUAAGGUCAAAAAUAUCUCCAAAUCAUCUGACUUGGACAAUGGACAUCGGACUUGGACAAUUUGACAAUGUCCAUUUCCCGUGUUGUGUUUCACUGGUGCAACAUGAAUCAGAUUUUAGCAAUUUCUGUGCUGUUUUUGCAAAGUUUCUGGUUUUGUUUUGAGUAUUGCUUUACUGCUGGUCUUUUCCGUGUCUGACAGAGUAGACUGGACUGGUAAAGUUUUUUUACUGGACCUGAUCAAUUUCACAGCACAACAGUAUCAUUUUCCAGAACAGUUCAAUUUAUGACACUAUAGUCCUAUGAAAUGGUUUGACAUGCUUUCAACUAGUUAAAUAACAACUUGAUGGGAUGUGAAAACCACAGGAGUCAGGAUGGAGGUAACAGUCAGCAAACGGGCCUUAUCUGUCUUGCUACACAGACAUGUAUGGUUGCAAGGGGAACUAAAUACAACACAUUUAGGAACAUAAUGCAAGGAGUGACCUGGACUGGGCUUCACAUGGGAGUAGAGAUUUUGGUCUGGUUGAUAAUGACUGUGUUUGGCUAGUAUUUGUUGCUUUGGGACUUUAUAGAAUGUGGAAGAAACCACAAAGAAUCCUUCACUAAAGGAAAUGAUGUGUGUGAAUGCCCUAGAUUUCCAAAAAGGGAAAAAAAAAAUUCCACCUCUCCUGUUUUGCAAGGCAAACAAUCUCAGAACAAAAGUUACUUCAGGCUGACAGAACAGCCACAGUGGGAACAGGAGACAGUAAUUUCUAAACAAAUUUAGGACUGUAGUAGGUAUCCAUUAGGGUAGUCAGAGCAUGUACCUUUGUAGCAAUGUCUCAUGUAGAAUAGCAAUUAGAGUCAUUCUCUAAGUGGCCACAUUUUACAGCAGCUAAAUCAAGUGGCCGUCCACAUGCUGUGUCUGCUUUUCAUUUUGCAUGUCUCAAGACUUACAGCAACAUUUCUAUGGUGACUGCAAUUUGACCAGUGCUACUUACACAGAAUCACUAUUUUACUAUCAUAUGAUCAAAAAUCUUUACUCUCUGCUGCAAAUGCAUUUUAAAUAAAUUCAAAUCUUUCAAAUCUGAGCUCCCUGUAAAAUAUCUUGUAUUAAUUGAAUUAUAAAUAGCAAGUGCCAGUUCUAAAAACACAGAAAAGAACACAUUGUGAAGUUUUUUUUUUGCCACCCAAUUAUGUUGUUGAUAAAGCAAGCAAGUGGUUAUGAGAAAGAUCACUCUGAUUUCAUAGUUAUUCAACUUAAAUGCAAUUGUCAUUUAAGACUCUACUAUUAUUUCAUCACACUCCCAGAAAGGUAAAACCAAGCAAAAAUCCACAGUAGCAAAAACGUGUGGCUGACCUGCUUUAAUGUCUUGCUGUGGUGAUUAUGUAUCAAAUACACAAUUUUUUUUGCAUAUGCAAUUCUGAAAGUGUACUCCAUAGUUUCUCUCUAAAAACAGCCUGUUACAAAGAACUAGUUUAACUGAAAACAAUAGUCAAAAGAUAAGAUGGCCUCAGUUCUCUGAAAAAUUUGAGUCAACUAUGGAGGAAUUGAUAAGUCACUUUGUUAAUAUGAAACAUAGGCCACCAAAAACAUUAUAAAUGACUACACCAAAUGAAGCUUACACUGAAGUACAGAAGACAUCUAAAUACACUAUCAUCCUGUUUUCAAAUUCUGGUGAAAAAUGAAGCACAUAACUUUUUAUAUAUGUUUAGAAACAUGUAAUUCUGCUCUGACUUACAUAGAAGCAGAGGCCUAAGACACUUAUGUAGAAUUACAAUUGUCUUGACUUUUGCUGCAUUUUUGAAGUGAUUUAAUUUUGUUUUGAAGCAUUUUGCCAGUGUGUGCACUGAGUUCACUAACACUGUCCUGACCUUGGAGAUAGUGUGAUAUUUUACAGUGUGCGGUGACACUUAUGUGCCCAGCUUUGCUUCAAUAAAUAGGUUAAUUUCCACAAAUUAGAUGCCAGGUUUGAAACAUUACAAGGUGAUUUAAUAAACCUGUAUCAGCGAUUUGGAUUCACAGCUGAGGCAGUUGACUGGGUAGUCCUUUGUCAGUUGCAAAUCCAAACCAGCUUUUUGGGCUGGGAAAAGACAUAGGUUUAUAGUACCAAAAUCCCAAAUAUAUGGAUCAGCAAUUGACUGAUUUAUGCUACAGGAAGUUUAAAUUGUAAGUAAUACUCCUUACACAUCCCCCCCUUUAUAUUACUUAUAUAAACUAGUAUAGAAACCUAGUAAUGAAAAUAAAGCAUUUAAAAUUUAAAUAAAAUAUCGUUCUUAUAAUUAUCUUGCUUGUUCAGUGAAUAGUUUACAUAUGUUAUAGUUAGUAGCUAAACUGCAGUUUAGUUUAGAUUUGCAGAGUCUGAUUCCAAAUAAUUCUUUAUUCUGGUUUUAAAGUAAUGUGACUGAAGUUAGUUCUGCUAUGUAUUCUCAUUCUUUGGUAAUCUUUCCAAAGGAUAUGAGUCAUUUCUCCAUUAUUUGUAAAGAAUAUGGAAAAAGUAAAAUAUUAUUUUGUGGGCACUUGGAACUGGGUAUAAAAAAAAAAUAGGCGGGAUGUUGAUAACUGUGAGUCAUUUCUUGGGAAGAAGGGAAGAGCAAACACUAGCUGCUGACCUACUGCUAUGAAAGCCAUGGACUUACUGCUGACUCAAGAAACAGAUAUUGAUUGCUGCAGAGAACAAUGGAGAUCUUGUAGCAGGAUUAAAGUGAAAAGUCUUUUCUCUUUAAGCAAUAAGGAGUAUUAAGGAACUGCCUGUGUUAAUUUCUUGGAGGCUGCUAUUUGUUUCAACAAUCUUCUAUUUUAAAUGUUAGCCAGCUAGAACUAGAACCAAAUAGUUGCUACAACUAAAGAAACUCCUUCUGAGUUUUCAGAAGUCCUGGCAAACCUUCAGGUAGGUAAUGAAGAGCAAGGCUGAACUCUACAACUCUGAGACAGCUACACCAGUAACUCCCAGUGCAAUCCUCUACUGUUAACAGAUAUGUAAAUGUAAAUAUAUUUCAUGUAUAAUGUACCUUCUGACACGAGAGAACACGUGAGAGAACAAAUACUGCAUAUUUCUGAAAUAAAUAUUUGGCACAUACAUCACAUCAUCCAUUUCACUUAAACAGAUAUUCCUAAUGCAUUCCUCUUAUGUCCAUUUGCUUUGCUAACAUUGUACUAAUAAGUGUCUAUCGGCUUCUUUAUUAGUAUCCAGGGGAACUAUGUGCUUAUUGUAAACCAAAAAUCUUGGAUCUCUCAUCACUGACAGGAGGAACCAAUUCAUAAAGGUUUAUCUGACACUGAGAGACAAGAUUGAUCUAAUGCUCAUUCCAAUGCUCACUCAGCUGAUAUUUUGAUUGAUUUUAAUGGCAGGUUAUCCCUGAAAGUUUCAUUAAGCGUAUCAUUUGUACAGUACAGAAAAGUAUUUAAUUUUAUCUCUCUCCAUCGUUAUAUUAUCCAUAUAAUAUUGUUAUAUUGUAAUGUGCUAUGUGGUGUGGUAUGUCUGGUAAGCAUGAUACAAGUGAGAUUCCACAAGCUUGCCAAAUUUAAAUGCUAUGUAACAGACCUUUCAAACAAAGAGUGAGUAGUUGAUAGCCUGAAGAAUGUCUCGUAGGUUACUCAAGAAACUACUGGAAUUGUUAAUGUGGGUUGUUUUUUCUUUUGAUUUCUACACAAAUAUUUCUGAAAAUAAGCUUGCCACAAGAAAUAAUUUGAUAACAUGUUGUUGUUUUUAUGUAAAAUGUGUUAAAUGAUGCCUGACGAUGGAUGGAUUUAGAAAUUUUCAAUGCAAGAAAAUAUUUGUAGUAGGCCGAUUUAGCUUCUCUUUUUUUUUUUUGUAACUUAGUUUUACUUAGAAACUUAUGCUUAGAAACUUGCAUUUUGAUCAAUUAAUUGAACAACUAAAAAACUGCUUUGAUACCAAAACUGUGUUUUGAAAGUGACUUCAUUUUGCUGAAUGGCUUUUGUAUGAUUUACUUAAACCAAUCAGGCAACUCCACUGGAAAGAAUUUAAUUACUUACUGAAGUACACAAACUGCCUGUAAAGCAUGCACAAUGUAAAAGACAAUGCAUUUAAUAAUUAUGGCUUAACUAAACUUAUGAUUUGCCUGUUUGUUGUUUUGUAGUUUUUUUUGUUUUGUUUUGUUUUUUUCAAGCUACAGCGGGUAUGCUAUAAUGAAACCUGAUAAUUAUCUUUUCUGGAGGUGGUAGUUUGGGAUCUUUUUUUUUUUUUUUUUUUUAAUGAGGAAAGCUUCUUUCCAAAUAUAAGGGUGCAGUUUCAUGGCAACUUGAGCCAGUUUAAGUCAUGCCUGCUACUGUCUUCUGCCCCUUCCCAUCCCUUUCUUUUGCAAAGGAGUCUCUUUCAUGCUAGCACAGGCAUGUGAGCAACUCAGUAGUGAGCUCAU